AUGACCCACGUAUUUUCGUUCGUAGAAUUGAAGAAAGAAAGGGAAUACCCAAAAGCACAUCACAUCGUAUUUUACAAAGAUCCGAAAUGCAUCCGUUUCACGUACAACGAGUUCAAAAUUCUUCCUCGAGAUUAUCCUGAAAGGAUUUCAUUUUGUAGAACAAUGCUACAGAGGCAUAAUGAAAAUCCCCAAUUCAUCCAAAAAAUUCUCUGGUCAGAUGAAUCUACAUUUAAAAAAGAUGGUUACAUAAACUUAAACAAUUUUCACGAGUGGCAUGUGGCGAAUCUACAUUUAAUGCGAGAAAACAGAUUCCAGUAUCGCUUUAAAGUAAACUUGUGGACCGGAAUUUUAAACGGCAAAAUUGUUAGGGCUUUUGAGCUGCUUGACAUCUUGAAUGGCACGAAUUACCUACAUUUUUUACGAGAAAAUUUACCAACUUUGUUAGAGGACGUACCACUAACAGAUCGUCGCCACAUGUGGUAUCAACAAGAUGGUUACCCAGCGCAUUACGCAGUGCAAGUAAGAGAUUUCCUUGACCAGGAAUAUCCGGGAAGGUGGAUUGAACGUUCAGGCACUAUCUCGUGGCCAGCCCGUUCCCCAGAUUUAAAUCCCCUGGAUUUUUUAAAUUGGGGCGUUCUCGAAGAAAAAGUUUAUUCAAAGCCCAUUGACAGCGUAGCUGAGCUGCGUGAACGAAUUUCUCAAGCUGCUGAGGACAUCAACUAUCGAGGAUAUGCCCGACUAAUAACUAGAUCUUUUUUAAUAAGAUCUAGGGCGUGUAUUGAGGCUGAUGGUAAACAAUUUGAACAUUUAUUGUAA